CAAACGUAGCCUGAUUGAAACGAGAAGUCGGCUGACUGUAUUAAGUUUACAAAGACUGCCUUGUCGUGACCAAACCAAGAGGGUAUACACACUGAGUAGUCAUUCUGAGCCAGUGUUGAGUUAGGAUUGGACGGGGAAAGUUUACAGCUAAAGACGUUGAACGACAAUCACGUUAUUGAUUUUCCCCAAGUUGUUAGGAUUCAAUGUACAGGUUUGUGUGACUGUCACCGUGUCACUGAGUUUGAGAUAAAUGUACACCGACCAGACAUCAACACUCAAAUCGGAUUAUUACUGUAAUUCGUUUAGACGACCAUAGACGACUGGUUCAGAUAUUGAAUAGGUCUAUCCAUGACUAUAGAAGUAUAAUAUAUAUAAUAGGUAUACGUAUUGUAUGGCUCAAAAUCUACAGUUCAAUCUUCAAAACUUAGUACGUCAGUUGAAAUUCGACUGACGAUCGACCAAAUAGUCUUGUCAACUCAAGAAUUGUAGAUGUCGGUUGGUUUGUUAGAACCAGCUAUAUACAGUACUAGCCCAAUGAAGGAAUUACGCACCCGUGUGAAUAAAAGUGAUAAUGCUCGUGGACCAACCGAGAGUGACCAAUUUGACCCCAACUUUAUUAUAUAUGAUAAUACUACCGAUACAACAUAUCUACGUGGUAGAUUAUUGGGAAAGGGAGGAUUUGCUAGAUGCUAUGAAUUACUUGAUCUCAACUCCAACAAAAUAUAUGCUGGAAAAAUCAUCUCAAAAACUAGAAUAGCCAAACCUCAUCAACGACAGAAGAUUAUUAGAGAAGUGGACUUACAGAAAAAUUUAAAACAUCGAAAUGUUGUCGAAUUCCACAGUUUCUUUGAAGACGAUGAAAAUGUGUAUAUUAUUUUAGAAAACUGUAGUAGAAAGUCCUUAGUUCAUGUAAUCAAACAUAGAAAGACCUUGACGGAGCCUGAGGUUCGUUAUUAUCUGCAACAACUUGUGGAAGGUGCCAAAUACACACACAACAACAGUAUCAUCCAUCGGGAUUUAAAACUUGGAAAUAUGUUGCUUAAUGAACAGAUGGAACUGAAGAUAGCUGACUUUGGUCUCGCUACCAGAUUAGAUUUUGAAGGCGAGAAAAAGAUGACUGUUUGUGGUACACCUAAUUACAUAGCUCCUGAAGUCCUCCUCAAGAAAGGACAUAGUUUUUCGGCAGAUAUAUGGGCAAUAGGUUGCAUAAUGUAUGCUUUAUUAGUGGGUAGACCACCAUUUGAAACAACAACAUUAAAAGAGACCUAUCUUCGCAUAACUGAAAAUACCUAUACAUUACCCAACAGUCUUUCAACUCUGGCCAAAAAUCUCAUUCGAAAAUGUUUGUCACCAAUUCCUGAACAGAGGCCGAGCUUAGAUGAGAUCAUCCAAGAUGAUUUUUUUACCUGUGCUUAUUUGCCAAAAGUGUUGUCCCCUGCCUGUUGUUUUUCUGUGCCAAAGUUUCCAGUUUAUACUAAGUUUAACAGGCCAUUAUCCUAUGCAGAUUGUAAAACUGAUGCUAUGGGUAAAUUAAGUAAUGCUUUAAAUCAGAUACAAUUAGAUAAAGAAUUAGAGGUUGUAGAUAAACGUCCACCCCUACAUCCAUCACGUGAUAAUACUGGUGAUCUCAGUCCCGCCAUUAAAUCUGCUGUUAAGGAUACCAUUUCUGAUGUCAUUCCAAUGGAUAGAUCAGAUUCUCCACCUCAAAGAGAAUCUUCACCUAAACCUCGAUCAGCAGCCAUGAUGUUAGAUGUUUUAACAACAUGUCUAGAACACAUGCCAAAAGAUGUAGCUCAGAAUCCCCAUGCUAUAUCAGAUAGUAGUUUAGUAUGGGUGACCAAGUGGGUGGAUUAUUCCAAUAAAUACGGUUUUGGUUUCCAGUUAUCCAGUGGAUCUAUGGGUGUUUUAUUUAAUGACACAUCACGAAUACUCUUAUCACCAGACGGAAGAUCUAUGCAGUAUUAUGAUUUAACUGGAAAAUUAUCAGCUUACAAACAAGAUUAUAUACCUGAAGAUUUAAACCGUAAAACCACAUUAUUACAAUAUUUUGCUAGAUAUAUGGAUGAACAUCUUAUUCAGGGAGGUGAUUUAGGUUAUCAUUUUAUAAAUGAACCCUGGUCAGGCAGUUUAUAUUUAAAGAAAUGGUUCCGUACAACAAAAGCUAUAGUGCUAUAUUUGAGCGAUGGAACCCUUCAGGUGAAUUUUUUUGAUGACCACACCAAAAUAAUUCUCAGCUACCAUAAAAACGAUUACCUGGUAACCUACAUAGAUUCUGAAAGAUGUGCCAAAACAUUUAACAUUGUUCAAGUUAUCCAAGAUGGCUGUCGAGAAGACAUAUUUAAUCGCAUGUCCUUUGCUAAAACUAUGUUGAAAAAUUUAGUGGACAUUGAAGGAGCUGAUAUAUAAGCAUUUUGGAUUCACCAUUGAUAUAUCGAACCAUAUUCAUUCUUGAUGUUAUAGCUGUUACAAGUCAAGCUGAAAGUGAUAAAAUGGCUGACAAUACAGAUGUGCGGACAUUUUUAAAUUGCAAAUGUUGUGUACUUAACAGAAUGAAAAUGAUAAGAGAGUUAAAAAGUGACAUGUUAUUAUCAGUGAAAUGUGAUAUUAUAAAUCACAAAUGGAUGACUUUAAGAAUAUAUUAAAAUGAGUUUAUUUAUUAAAGAAAUAAUUGAUGUCCACCAUAUUGAAUAUAUUUACCAUCGAAUAAUAUAACCAGGUGAUAUUUUAUACAAUCAUCUAUACAAUAUCCUUUCCAUUUUUGUUUUCGUAUCCAAGCAAUUAAAAUAUGAUUAGAAAAUCAUUUAGACCAUCAAGUCUGUUAAUUAAUUUGAGGGAAGGAAAUUUUGGUUCAUUCCUGGUAAUGUGAAUAAUAAUUUGGGCAUUUAAACAUUUCAGUGUGCUCACCAAUUGAACCAAUAUAUCUAGGAAUAUAAUAAUCUAUAAUCUGAACUAAAGAGAUUACAUGUAUAAAUUCUAUGAAUAAUAGACAAUAAAUAAUAGAACCUUGGUGAAAUACUUAGUAAAGAAGUACAGGCAUAUUAUUUAAUUUUUAGUUAUUCUGUUGACAAAAACUGAAACAUAAAUGCCUUUCACUGGUUAUCACUGACAGUUAUUGGAGUUAGAAUAAUAUAUAUGUGCCUUGUAAAAAAAACCUAGUCGUCCAGAACUCACUUUAUGUUGAUCUCCACACAAAACUGUAAACUUGAUUGGCUCAUAAUAUGAUCACUUAAAGCACAAAAUGUGAUCAUGUGAUCUCUAUCAACAGCCAACGUAGCCUAGAUGAAGAGAUGUAAAUAAUUUCUAUAUAUCACUGUGUUAUUAGUUGUGUAUAAAGUUUGGUUUGUUCAAUGUUUUUAAUGCUACCUGAUGUUUGUAUGUCUCUCGUAUAUUUCUGUUUGUGUUUUAUCUAAAUAACUAUUGAAUGAAAGAUCAUUAUUAUUAUUAUUAUUAUUAUUGUAUUUUAAUAUAUUAAUAAAUAUAAAAUCGGUAUAUGAUAAAGGAAAAUCAUGAUUGAUUAAUUUAUCUGCAACAUUUUUUGUACAUUUAUCACAUGUCAACAUAUAACACCUUACCAUCUUUGGAUGAGGUUACUUAUAAUACUUCACUUUUAAAACCUUCAUUUUAUUUCUAUAUGGUUAUUAUUGAUUGUCUAAAACUUUUAUAUGGAAGCAAAUUUAUUUGUUACCUUUCUUUUAUCGUCUUUCAAUGUUUUAUUGUCUUCCAGUCCUCAUUCUUAUCUACAAUUAGCCAAGUUUCUAAUUGUGUCUAAAAAAAAAUCUGUCCAUUAUAUGGUACAAGGGCAUAUGAUUAUGUUAUCUCUGAGUAUAUGCUUCUAGCUUCUCAGUUGAACGAACUGAAUUGUUUUUGAAAAUUUUAUUACUUAAUUCUGAAAUGAAAUAGUUACUUUUCUCAUUAAGGCAUUGUUACAUGGAAUAUGUCACUUAUAUACCUGUCCCUUGAUCUUUCAAAUGUUUAUAACCACAUUUUCAAUCUUUAUAUCAACAACUUUGGAAUUUUUUUAUGUAAAUUGCAAUGAUUUUAAAACAAAAUAAAAACUCAAGAGGAUUUUUUUUAUGUGGCUAUUUAAUAGUAUUGUAUGCCAAUUAUACAGUAUUACUACUCUACAAUAUUUAUAUAAGAAUAAAUGGUAGUGUGUAGUAAUUGUAAAUAAAAUUCAUAAUUAGUUUGCUUGCAUUUUGUGACUGAGUUUGUCAAUUUAUGUGCAAAUUAAACUAUAAUAUUGUGUGUUAUUAUGGUAGCUUAUAAUAUCAAAGAUUCAAUUUAAUUUCUUUUAAAGUUCCUACAUGUUUGUCUCUUUAUUCUGUUCAAUAUAUUGGGAAAUUAGCUCUCUCAGUCUCAGUAACCACGUCUCUGCAUUUUGCAAAACACUUGAGUGUUCACAAAUUUCAAUUGGUAUGCUGAUCGAUAUAUGUAAAAUACAUUUUACAAAUUGAAUAUAUUAACUAGAAGUUAUUGUAAAAGCAUAAAUAACUAUAUGUAGGCAUUCUUAACUUUUCUUGCAAUUAUAUUUUCUCACCUUAUGUUCCCUUGAAAUCAAUGUUAAAAGCUCAAUUUAAUCCUAAUCUGUGAUUUGAUAAAAGAAAAUGGGACCAGUAGUUAAAAUAUUUGAUGUGUUAUAAUAUCGAGACUAUACUGUAGUAAUAUAUAUUAUUUACACACAUUAAAAUAAUAAGAAAAAAUUUGCAUUUAGCAUGAGUUUUCAUAUACUUAUUACAAUACCAUUGUCCAAAAAAUAAUUGAUAAUGGUGUUAAUAUCAUCAUAUAUGUAUGUUAUUUAUAAACAAUAUCAGAAGUGCCUUCAUUAUUGUUCAUUUUUCAUAAUCAUUUUUUAAUGUUUCACAUUAUGCAAAUUAAAUGACAUUCCAUACAGCCAUUGAUGUAAAAACAACACAAAAUGGUACAUUUUAUUAAAACACAAGAUGUCUGUUUGUUACCUUUUAUCAAAACAGUCUAUGAAUUGUUAAAUCUUUUUGUAAAUUUGAAUUACAAAAUUAACUGGUAUGUAAGGAAUAAAAUUUCUAUUAGAAUGAAAUAUUUUAAUGAUUUAAAUAUUUAUGAGGCCAAGAAAAAAUACCUGUGUUUAGUCUUAAGGUUACUUAGACCCAGAGGACCCAAAUUUGAGUCAGUUGAUGGGAAAAAAAAUUUUUUUUUUUUUCGUGGGGUUUGUUUUAUCUAUUGCCUAGCAUUUCUGAGAAAUGAGGAAAAUAAAAAGUUUAGGGUAAGCGAUUUAGGCUCUAAAAAAUAUGGUCGGUUGGGUAACCUUAAAUACAGGUAUUUUUGUAUUUUGGCCUGAUUGUGUUCUAUUUUAAACCAAUAAAAAAUGGGUUGAGAUAAAAUCCUGUUUAUAUUGAAAUUUGGCCAUAUCUAUUUUUAUUAUAAAAUUGUUAUGAAAUGUUAUCAGAGGGGCCAUCCAGCAGACUUUUUUUAAAGUUAUGAAAUAGAAACUAGUUUUAUUUGUUGAAUUCCUAAGUAACUUUGGUAGAGUUUAAAAAUUACUAUUUUGUAAUAAAUUUUGUAAUGAAGACAUUAAAAACAACACUUCUGUACAUAGGGAAUGGAAAUUCUUGUCAGAUAAAUUCAGAAGCAAUAUAUUUUAAGGCUUUAGAAUAAAGAAGUUAUAUAAAA